CCGGCUGUGAGGAGACAAAAUCCUACUCUGAUCUGUUUGAGGGAAUUGGCGCCAACCUCAGCUCUCCAUCCAGAAAAUAGCCGGCCUCCAGCCAACACUCCGGGGGGCAGCACACUGACCCCCAAUCACCAGACGGCACCACCACCACUGUGUGACAGGGUCCGAGAUACCAUCACCACAACCGUGUAACAAGGACCCGGCCACCAUCACCACCACCCCCUGACUGGGUCCGAGAUACCAUCACCACCACCCCCUGACUGGGUCCGAGAUACCAUAACCACCACUGUCUGACAGGGUCCGAGAUACCAUAACCACCACCGUGUAACGAGGACCCGGCCACCAUCACCACCACCCCCUGACAGGGUCCGAGAUACCAUAACCACCACCGUGUGACAAGGACUGGGCCACCAUCACUACUGCGUGACAAGGACCGAACCCCGUGCUGCCUCCUCUCCUCCACUGUGGGACUUUACGCUCAUGUUUUGUGGAUUUCACUUGUCUUUGACAGGAGUGACAAAAGGGGAAAGCGUCAUCAUUGUGGACUUUUGUUUAAAAUGACUAAGGCUGAAAGUGAACCAUUUCUUGUGAAAUUUGUGAAGUCAGUUGAAAACUCAGAUUUCUUCUUUGAAGCUCAUGAGGCAAUCAAAGAAUUUCAGUCUGAUGAAUACCUUCAAAUUAUUGAAGAAAAAGAUGCACUCAGCUUAAAAGAAAAAGACAAGUCUCUCUACAUUUGUGAUCCUUUCAGUGGUGUUGCUUUUAACCACCUUAAAAAGCUUGGAUGUCGAAUUGUAGGACCGCGGGUUGUGAUAUUCUGCAUGCAACAUCAAAGAUUUGUACCACGAGCUGAAUACCCUGUCUAUAACAUGACGAUGGCUGAUGUGACAAUUUCCUGUACCAGUCUUGAGAAAGAAACAAGGGAAGAAGUUCAUAAUUAUGUCCAGAUGAUGGGAGGCUGCGUGUAUAGAGAUCUUAAUGUUUCAGUCACUCAUCUGAUUGCUGGUGAGGUUGGCAGUAAGAAAUACCUUGUGGCAGCCAGUCUGAAGAAGCCCAUUCUACUUCCGUCAUGGGUUAAAGCACUCUGGGAGAAAUCACAAGAGAGGAUUAUUCACUAUUCAGAAAUAAGUAUGGAGGAGUAUUUGUGCCCCAUUUUCCGAGGUUGUACAAUAUGUGUAACUGGUUUAAGUAGCCUGGACAGGAAGGAGGUGCAGCGUCUGGCUACUCUACACGGAGGACAGUAUACGGGGCAGCUCAAAAUGAACGAGUCUACACAUCUUAUUGUGCAAGAAGCAAAAGGUCAGAAGUACGAGUGUGCCAGGAAGUGGAAUGUACACUGUAUCUCCAUCCAGUGGUUCUUUGACAGUAUUGAGCGAGGCUUCUGCCAGGAUGAAACUAUGUAUAAGACUGAGCCUGCUUCUACAACAAAGACUGUGCCAGAAACAUCUACUCCAACAAGAUGCAUCAGCAAAACAGACAGUCGGGCUCUCUCAGAUGUCAGCAACAUUUCUAAUAUUACAACAAGUUAUAUUAAUGAGUCUGCUUUCAAUUCUGUCAUGAGCUCCCGGCUAGAGCCUUCCUCUGACACCCUCGAGAACUUGGACAUCAGUUCAUUACAAGCUCCUGAGGACCUGCUUGAUGGCUGCCGGAUAUAUGUGUGUGGAUUUGGAGGCCGAAAACUUGACAAACUGAGGAAGCUCAUUAACAACGGAGGAGGAGUUCGUUUUAAUCAGCUCACAGGCGAUGUUACUCAUGUCAUUGUUGGAGAAAAUGACGAGGAGCUGAAGCAGUUUUUGAAGAAAAUCGAUCAUAGGCCAUAUGUGCUGACCGUAAAAUGGUUGCUGCAGAGUUUUUCUAAGGGGUGUUUGCAGUCUGAAGAGCUAUAUCUUCACACAAGCUAUCAGCCUGCAGAGAUGCCGGCCCCUGCGCCACGCUCCAUAAAUGUAUCUGUCCAGAAGGCUAGUAGCAGUGACCAGUCUGCCCAGCUGUCUCUGAAUAAUACACGCAACCAAAAAGCAGAUGAAGACCUGCUGUCUCAGUACACUGAAAAUGAUUCCACGCUAAUUGACGCUGGAAAUCAUCCGACUUUUACUUCCAGUAGCCUGUCCCAGUUAAACACACAGGACUACACGCCAUCUUGUGACAACCAGAGUGAAUUCGACGAAACAUCUACCUAUAUUGAAGGGGGCUUGUUCAGCAGGAAAAGGUUCUUAGUCCUGGGCUUUGUGGAUGAAGACCAAGCUUGUAUUGUAGACAUAAUAAAAAAGAAUGCUGGUAAAGUGAUUUCUCCCAACAUGAGAGCCAUUGCAGAUUACGCUGUGGUACCAUUAUUGGGUUGUGAAGUGGAAUCUACAGUUGGGGAUGUUGUGACAAAUGCCUGGCUGGGCAUGUGCAUUGAACAGGAGAAGCUGCUAAGUCCUCAGUCAAAUCCUCUGUUUACACCUGUACCAUUUCAGGAAGGCAGCACUUCACUGAAGGACUGUGUGCUCUCCGUCAGUCAGUUUGUAGGGGCUGAGAGGGAUUCACUUGUUUACUUGGCAGGAUUGCUUGGAGCAAAGGUACAAGAAUUUUUUGUGCGGAAGGCUAAUCCUAAGAAAGGCAUGUUUGCCAGCACUCAUUUAGUGCUUCGAGAUCCUGAAGGCUCAAAGUAUGAGGCAGCUAUAAAGUGGAAUUUGCCUGCAGUGACCACGGCUUGGCUACUGCAGUGUGCCAAAACUGGCAAAAAGGUAGACGAAAGGAACUACCAUGUUGACAACUACUGCAAAGAUAAUGAUGAGAGCUUUAUAAGUCAGACAUAUAAACCAGAAGCGACAAAACCACCCAUAACAUCUCCAGAUUGGUCAUCAAAUCGACCAGAAGCCUUGAAAAAAGGUGCUGUUACCCCUCUAGAUAUGAACCGAUUCCAGAGCAAAGCUUUUCAGUCUGUGUUGUCCCGGCACAACAAGAAUGUUCCUACCCCUGGAGCGGAAAUAAAAGUUCCCCGGAGAGAGCCAUCUCUGCAUCUUGACACCCCUUCCAAAUUUCUUUCAAAGGACAAACUCUUCAAACCCACUUUUGAUGUGAAGGAUGCCCUUGCCGCUUUGGAAACACCUGGUGGCGCCAAGCAAAAGACCAAAGCACAAAGCACUCCUUUGUCAGAAGUCGUUGGCAGAAAUAUACAGUUAGCCCUCGCCAACAGCAGCCGACAAACAGCUGCUGUCACUGCAAGUCCUCAAUUAAAGACAGCAGAGUCCAAACAGGCAGAGGUUGAACCCAGAAUACUUAACAACGUCGUUAUAUGUGUCAGUAAGAAGCUAAUUAAAAAGCAAGGAGAACUAAAUGGCAUUGCAGCGUCGCUAGGAGCAGAAUACAGGUGGUGCUUUGAUGAAAGUGUUACCCACUUUAUUUAUCAAGGAAGACAAAAUGACAGUAACAGGGAAUACAAAUCCGUGAAGGAAAGGAGCGGAAUUCACAUAGUAUCUGAUCACUGGCUACUAGCUUGUGCAGAAGAGCAGAGGAGAGUUCCAGAGACUCUCUACCCCCACACUUAUAAUCCAAAAAUGAGUCUGGACAUCAGUUCUGUGCAAGAUGGGUCAAACAGCUGUAGACUGUCAACCAGCCCAAUCAACAAGGAGGAAGAGCCUGGCCUUUGGCUUCAUGAUAAGGUGACUGAUAUUCAGGCCAAAAAAGCUGAUAUUCCUGGGGAAGAUGAGAGUGUGAAUGUAGCUAAAGGAGCCCUCACACAGACUUUAGAAAUGAGAGAGAAUUUUCAGAGACAAUUACAGGAGCUGAUGACAGCAACGUCAAUGGUGAAUCCACAAGGCCAAAGGUCCUUGAGUAGGGCUGGGUUUGAGAACUCCCCGAGUACACCUGAGGGGGCUCGCUGCACACGCAAUGGCAGAAGCAGGGUACUGGAAUCACGCAGACAGUCUCGUCAGGUCAUGACAGACCUGAAUACAGAACCUUCACAGAAUGAACAAAUUAUUUGGGAUGAUCCGACAGCAAGAGAGGAAAGGGCCAAACUUGCCAGUAACCUGCAGUGGCCCAAUAGCCCAUCCCAGUACUCUGAACAGCUUCAUCCGAAUUUGAAGGAUCCUGGUGUUGAGACUUCACAGCUUAAGGAAUCGUUAACGGAUACUGAAAUAGCUGAAUUGGAAGCAUGUGAUCCUGAGUUUACUACAGUAACUGCAGCUUCCAAGAGCGUAAUAGACUUGCAAUCACCCACUAAAGAUGAUCAGUUGAUCCCCACUCCGAAAGCACCGAGUAUUGCCUUCCCACUCACUAAACCACCUGUGGCUCCACAUCCCAGAGAAAUGACAGAUACACCCCCUGCAGAAGACAAAACUGAGAAGGAACGUCGAUUUCAACUGUCUUCACUUAAUCCCCAGGAACGAAUUGACUACUGUCAACUCAUUGAGGAGUUAGGUGGAAUAGUGAUAGACAAGCAAUGCUUUGACCCAAGCUGUACUCACAUCAUCGUAGGGCAACCUCUCCGCAAUGAGAAGUAUUUAGCUUCCAUGGCUGCAGGAAAGUGGGUGCUUCAUCGCUCGUACCUAGAGGCAUGCAGACGUGCAAAGCGCUUUAUACAGGAAGAAGAAUAUGAGUGGGGAAACAGUUCUAUCCUGAAUGCUUUGACCAGCAUUACCUCACACGAAAGAAUGUUGGCAGAGGCCGCUAUGAGAUGGAGGAAGAAACUGCAAAGAUUAAAGCAGGAACAGGGCAGUGUGGAGGGAGCAUUUAGUGGUUGGAGAGUCAUUUUAAAUGUCGAUAAAGCAAAAGAAGCUGGCUUCAAACGACUUUUGCAAUCUGGAGGAGCAAAGGUGUUUGCUGGUCAUUCUUCGUCUUUAUUUAAAGACUCCACCCACAUAUUUGCAGACUUUAACAAACUAAAGCCUGAGGAUCCCAAGGUGAAUGUGUCAGAGGCUGCAGCUCAAGGAGUCCACUGCUUAAAGCCAGAAUACAUUGCAGAUUAUCUUAUCAAGGAACAACCUCCUCCAGCCAAUAACUACUGCCUCCCCGAUGCUGUUCCAUAUAUUCAGGUGACAGAGACUUCUCGCAAGAGGAAAAACUCUGGAGAUACGAGUAGUAUUAAACGAUCCAGAUUUUGUUAAAGGAAAUGUAGGUGUGUUGGGAUCUUUAUAUAUACCUGUCAACGUUUGGCAUAUUUUGUGACACACCAUCUACAGUUGAACACUUUGUACAUAACUGAAAGGAAAAUUA